UGCAGAUUUACAUCUGUGGGUUUGUUGCUGCGUUAAUAGGAAUUGGUGGAUUAUUGACUGAUAUUUCACACAAAGUGAGGAAACUAAAUAUGAUUUUUUCAUAUAAUAUUGAUCGACAAAACGAAUGGAAAUUUUGUGUGCAAUAUUGACUAGAAUUUCAAGAAAAGUAAUAUCCAUUGUGAUAGUAUAUUGAGAGAAAAGACAUCGAUUUGGCAUUUAAUGUUAAAGUGAAACGAAGAAGGAACAUAGCCAACACGCAACACAGCAUCCUCACACAUCUUUUGGUUCUGCAAAAUAAUUACGAUAUAAAAUGGCCACACUCAUGACAGGUGUACAGCGUCAAGUCAUAGGUAUCCAUUCUACGACUGCUAUAGCCUUUACGCCAGAGCAACCCAUAGCGGUGGAUCGACGCGAUUAUCCAGAUGAAGGCAGAAUCGAUUUGCCCCACGAGCUCAAGUGCAGCCACUUAGUGCAUUUCACUGAUAAUGAUUUCGCGGAAAUUAUUGGUCUAUCAAAUACGAACCAUUUCGUUUUUCGGCCUCAACAAUUACCGGCCAUGACUUCGCAUUCGUUCAGAUUGUCUUGGUGGUCACCACUUGCACCUGAUAACUGGAGAACAGUGAUUGAAAAUAAUCUACCAAAUGUUGAUAUGGCAGAAUUUGAUAUCGGGAAUUCUCCAGCGUUCAAGGGAGAUUCAAUGUGCGGACCGAUUGGCAUUGUAGUAAAAUGGCGAGAUAUUCGGACGGAAUAUGCAAGGAGCAGGGGCGGAAUUGUGACUGAUGUUGAAUUUAGAAUUCUGGGAACAUUUCUAUAUACCAAGGAGAUCAUGUUUGGUGUGUUAGUGUGCAUGAAAGGUGAUGUAGCCGUUAGAGAUGUCUUUCCACUGAUUGAUGCUGCCGAAACUGAGGCAUUUGCAUUUUGUUCGCCACAUGAGUUUAUUUGGAAGGUUUACAGUACAGUCAGUUAUAGCGACGCUAGACCGAGUAAUGUAUUUUGGACGUGGGAUCAUCUCGCGUUUGGAUUCUACUGUCCAACCACUGAUCUUAUUAUCAGAGACCAAUUUUGUGGCUUCACAACCAAAAAGGCCACAAAUCACAGGCCCAUGUCACGAUCAGUCACGAACAGAAGAUUACCUUCAGAAAUGUAUGCCGAUGAUGGUAUAUUAGCUCGAUUAAGGGCAAAAACAAACGCCCUAGUUUAAUUGA